CAAUGAAGUUUUGUUUUUUUUCCGCCGGUUCACUUCGUUUUUCGAGGAAACGGCAUUUUCAUCUCGGUGCUGAAGAUGCGGAGGAACCAGUGCGGACCGAGCAUGAGCAACACGUAUCGUCUCAAAGUGAGAGAUAAGAGCAAAAAGAGCGCGUCGUUGUAAGAGAAAAGAAGAUGUAUUUAUGGCGCCUCUCAGUCGCCGUAACACUCGGCUUGGUGUGGUAUUUCUCAGACUGUGGCCGCGCGGUAACGCAGUACUGUCUGUGCGUCGUCUUUUGUUUGACUACACCGGUGUUGUUCGGGAACAGUGGGCGAGAGAGCAGCACUCAAACUGAUGAAGAGACAAACGAAAACACACCGCAGGAAACAGUCAAAGAAGAAGAGUUGUUUUCCGAUUUGAUUGAUGGAGAAAGCAGCGAGCAGCAGGGUGAACAAACAGAGUCCAAGUAUCCAAAUGUUAAGAGGUCUCUUCAGCAAGUGUUUGAGUGUGCCUACGCUCAGCUGGUCCUGCCUUGGUACAGCGUUCCUGAGCCGCUGGAGCGCCAGCCUCUGCACCAGGUGCUCAGCAGGGAAGUCGACUUUGUAAUCGACCGGAUCAUUGAGAGAGCCAAAGACUUUGAUGUUUGCCAGGCUGUGGUGGGCUCCAUUCGGAUUCUGACCCAGCACUUGCAUAAUGCCAAGCAGUCUGAUAGACAGCUCUUGUUCAUGUCCAGCUCAGACGAGAUCGCAGUCCUCAGAGAGUUUUCUGACGCUCUGGUACGUAACCUUUUCCCCAAAUCUCUCUGGAGCCAAGAAGUCAGCCGCUGUGCCUUAAAUGAGAUCGUUGCAAUAAAGGGGUUGGGUCUGUUGGUGACAUGGCUGUCUGAUCCCGACAACCUGAACCAGCUGGUGGUGAGCCAGCUUGACAGCGUGACUCCCAAAGGCUAUGAUGAGGAGCUGUGUGGAUCAGACCCUGAUCUGACCUCUUUGGCUUCACAGGAGGGUGAAGCAGAGGGCAGUGAAGUGAGCUUGGAGGGAGCUGGGUUAUCAACCAGCAUCGUAUUCAAGGCAGAUAAAAAAGGGAACAAGCUGAAAGAAGGAUGGUCAAAGUUUGUGGACAAGGUGAAGUCCAAGAAAGCAAAGAAGAAGAAGAUGAAGAUGAUGGAGCAACAGCUGGUGAUGAGGCUCAUGGCGAACCAAUGUGAGAUGUCCAACGAGGAUGAUGUCAGCAGCAGGGAGGGCUCCGUCAACAGCCAGCAGGACUCUGACAGGGAGGACAGCGAUCUGGAGACCUACCUGACGAGCGUCCAGGAGGACAUGAUGGAAUUCAAGCUGUCGUACGAGAUGUGGCGCGUGGGCCGCUGGGCUGUCAGCAUCGCUCAUGCGGACUGGGAGGCUGAGGAGCUGAACUUCAAGGUUCAUCUGGAGGAAAAAGACAGCCCUGAGAACCUGCAGUGGGACAUUAAGAAGACCUACAUGGAUGUGAUCUACUUCCGCAACAGAUGGCAGGACUCAACCAGCCUGCCCUCCAUCCUCGUGCUGGAGAAGUUGGUUGUAAACGAUGAGAUCAAAGAAGAAGCCCGAGCGUCAGUGGAGCACUUCCUGCAGGAAUUAGUAUCUGAUAAUGUGAUCGGCCACACUCAGCCAGUUUUUCAGUUCCUGUGCCCUCUUGAAAAACUGAUGAAUGAGGAGGAACAUUAUGGAGGCGUGUGGGGCCUGCUCAGUGGCUUGGCUUACUUCCUUACUCCUGGUCAGGAGGAAGAAGAGAGCUCGAGCCCUCAGACAGAAGCUCCAAAAGGAAUCACAUCUCAUUCAGCAUCCACAGCUCUGCCUUCAGAAAACCUCUCUGGUGUUUCUGCUGGAAAAAGCCCCGAUCCUCCUGCUGCCACAAUCCCAACUAUUGUUAUCUCCCAGUUUGAUCCUUUUCCAGAGUCGCCCCAGGAAGCAGAAACAGAAACGGAGCCACAGUCCACAAAUGAAAACUCUCCCCGAGACAAAUCUGAGGACUCCAACCCUUUAACCUCUCACUUUAAAAUGAUUUUCAAAGGACUGGCCCGUUCCAGGUCACAGGAGUCUUUGGUCUCAACAAAAAGCACAGAAGACGAUGACCCUCGUGAUUCAGACUCUACUCCGCGCUGCAGCCAGAACGGAGUCCUGCAGGGGGAGAGCUCAGAGGCCUCAUCGCGACAUCAUUUCAGUGCAAAGUCAAACAAAAAGGAGAAAAUUUGUUUCAAGAUUUCUGGUGGAGUUAACAAGGCUAAAGGGAAAGAUCAGGGCACUUUACCGAGAGAGGAAGACCCGCAGUGUCAGAAGAGCCAAACAAACUGGGAGCAGCUGGAGGCGACCAAAGCCAUAUUCGAUCUGAUGAAAGAAAUCUCUGGCAACUCCAUCCUCAUAAACAUAUUUGACGCCAUUUUGAAACCCGUUAUGCCCAUCUUGAAAAAGAAAGUGAACUCUUUCCUGAACAAGAUGAACCCAACAGAGCAGCAGAUGGCUUCCUACAUUGACACUCUGCGUGACAAACAGUGGCCAGACUGUCAGCCAACAACGCCCUCUCCUCCCCGCACCGAGGACGAGAAGAACGAGACCAGAGAAAGAGCCCAUAACCUCUUCAACGCCAGAUAUUCAAACUAUCUCGUCCUGAAGAAGACGGACAUGGAGUCAGUUUUUAAUCUCUUCCAGGAGCGUGAAGAAAACAAAACACUUGUUUUUAUGCUCUUGUCGUUCCUUUUGAGGGAAUUUUUCCCAAACGAGCAUUCCCUAAAUGUGAGCGCUGUGGCCCUACAGAAAGUAACCAACCCAACCAGCUGACCUGUGAAUCCCUGAUCGUGUUUUUAAUGGUACUUUUUACUGACAUUUUAGAAUAUUCAAUUAUUUAUGAAAAAUCUUAAAUCGCCUUAAAAUAUUUGUGACAAUUAUUGUAUCAAUGUCACACAUACAUUUCUGGGAUUUUUACCUUCAGCAUACUGUGAACAUUCUUUUUUUGUUAUUGUAUUUUAGAGUUCAACUGAAUCUGUAAGUGAUGAACACUGAAUCAUCUGUGUGAAAUGAGAAAAAUGAGAAAUGAGUGCCAGUUUUUGUCUGUUAUUAUUAAACCCAAAUUUGAAUGUCACCCUUCACAUUUUAGUGUAAAUAAAUGUAAAUUCUCUUAAACAUUUGGUGUCACUUUGAGCACUUCUGUAUUGUGAGUGGUUUGUAAAUUGUUUAAUAAUGCCUGAAGUUUUGUAUCGUUGAAUAUCUCACAAUGACUUAUCUUUUUAAACUGAUGGUACAACGUUCAAAAGAAAACUUGAAAUGGUGUUCAUGUAACUAACGUGUUUAUAUUUAUCGGUAAGAAAUAUUUUAAUAAACUUUUCUGUAAAUAA